AUGCCACCUGCUCAAGUAGCUACUAGUUAUGUCAAUGAAGGAUUCAACGAUACAACACAAAAAACUGAUUCUUAUCCACAAAAAGAACAUAUUAUAGAAAUGCGUGAUGGUGAUACAUUACAAGUUCAAAUGUCUGUUGAUGGAGCUCGAACAUUAGCAGCAUUAUCACCUCGUAUUACAGUUACAUUUCAUAAUGUCUCUAAGGUUAUCAAUGUUCCAGCUAAAAUGAUUGAUCCAUCAUCAAAAGAACGAUUUAUUGAACGAAAAUUACUUGAUCAAGUUUCUGGACAAAUUCAACCAGGACAAUUAGUUGCACUUAUGGGUCCAUCAGGUUGUGGAAAAACUACAUUACUCAAUACUUUACGGCCUCUCCAAGCGUAA